GUCGACAUUCUCUCUCUAGGUUUGCUGGAUGCUGGUCCUGAUUUAGCUGAACUCGGAAAGAGCAACGAUUCCGGGUCAUUUCUGUGUAGUCGAUUGGCUUCGGAACUCCACAAACUGUUCUUCUUGGCUUCUCAGAGGAGAUUUUCGUUUCCAUGGCUCCUGUUGCUCCAAGAUCUGGAGAUGCAGUCUUUGCUAAUAUUGAGCGUGUAAAUGCAGAAUUAUUUACCCUAACCUAUGGGGCAAUAGUACGGCAGCUGCUUACAGAUUUGGAAGAGGUGGAGGAAGUCAACAAGCAGCUUGAUCAAAUGGGUUACAACAUUGGAAUUCGUCUGAUUGAUGAAUUCUUGGCAAAGUCUAAUAUCUCCAGAUGUGUUGAUUUCAAGGAGACUGCUGAAGUAAUUGCAAAGGUUGGAUUCAAAAUGUUUUUGGGAGUCAGUGCAUCUGUAACCAACUGGGAAGCUGAUGGAACAUGUUGCAGUCUUGUUUUGGAGGAUAAUCCCUUGGUUGAUUUUGUUGAGCUUCCUGAUACAUGCCAAGGUCUGUACUAUUGCAAUAUCUUAAGUGGAGUCAUCAGAGGGGCCUUGGAGAUGGUUUCAAUGAAGACUGAAGUUACUUGGGUUCGUGAUAUGCUCCGAGGUGACGAUGCUUAUGAAUUACGUGUGAAACUCCUGAAACAAGUUCCAGAAGAGUACCCAUACAAAGAUGACGAGUAAACUUGCCAUAAUGGAGAGUAAUUUCAUGUACAUGUAUUUUUGAUUUUUUUUUUCUCCUGCUUAGAUUUUGAGCAGUUCUGGCUUUUUAAAAUAUCCAAUUUCCUGAAACUUCUAAUAGUGUACUUCUAGCAUGCCAUUGGCUAAUUAGAAUCUGCUUUGAUCUGGUUAGAAACUUGGAUUUAUUUGUCUCAGUAAAUUGCUUUUGGUUUAUUAAUGCUUAAGAAACAUUUCCAAAAUUGUUAUAA